UUCACUAUGGCUUGCCGCCUUCAAAAGACAAGAACACAGCAAAAGUUCGACUUCUCCAAGCGAUCAACGCCAACACACUUGCCGUGCCCGACAAGGUCGCCAAGCUGGAUAAGACAUGAAAAAAGAGUUUACAGCUUCUGUGAAGAAAGCAAAUGCUGCAGGGAAGGCUGCUGCCGCACCAGCAAAGAGCAAGAAGAGGGUACAUGAAGAGUCCACAACAAACGCAAAAAUCACCUUGACAGUUGGUGGUGUCACUAUCAGUGUUGAUCAACAGACCGCUGCCUCAAUUACUUCCGGUGCUCUUGAAGCCGGUCCUGCCACGAAGAAGUCUAAGACAGCCAAAGAUGACCCACCAGCUGCUCAAUCGUCAAAACCAAAGCCGAAUGCACCAGCUUCGAAAGUCAAGAAAAUCACCGAGAGUGCUGCUGCGGCUGUCACUAAGCCUAAGAGCUCUUCCUCGACUGAGAAGUCAGCAAAGACUACUGCCCCAUCAAAACUCCAAGGAAAAGCCGCAUCUGCCAAACCAACGACAACCUCGAAGACUGAGGAGACUCCGGCUCCAGCCAAGUCAAAAGCAGAGCCAAAGACCAAAGCAGAGCCAAAGACCAAAGCAGAGCCAAAGACCAAAGUGGAGCCGAAGACAAAAGCAGAGCCUAAAGUUAGAUCAGAAUCCAAGGUGAAAGCAGAGCCCAGAGUAAAAGCAGAGCCCAAGUCCAAGAAGUCGACGACUGCUGCAGAAACCGAGCCCGAGGCCUCGGAGAAAAAGAGAGCUGUGAAGAUCAAGGCCGAGAAGUCCACGAGUCCCUUACGCCAUGUCAAGUCUGAACUCGGCAAAGAUGUCAACGGCACCUAUUUACUGCACCCUCGAUCACACUCGCGUGACAAUGUCCUUGAAUGCAAUGGACCACCGCGCAUUUCUGUUCACCACGACAUCUACGCGAACAGACUCUGGGGACAUUUCACCAUCGGACCCAAGACUGGAGUGCUGCGAGUUGAUGACUUCUUCGUGGACGGCUCUUCUGUCUGUCAGUUCAGCUGGAGAGCUCGCGAUAUGAGCACAGGUCAACCACGCUUCGGGCGUGGCUGUGAAGGUGUAAUCGAGUUCGGCAUUCACGGUGUGGAAAGAGGCACUUUCUAUCGUCUGUUCGAUGUCCUGGAUGUCGACUUUGGCGUCAGCUCCAUCACUAGAGACACGCGGAUGGACAGGCCAGAAUGAAUGAAUCAGUGGGAGCAAUUCGUGAAGGAGACUUACGAUCGCUGAGCAAGUGGAUCAGGUACGUGCGCUUGCAAGUGCGUGACAUGACCGCUGUGUUCCGUGUCGACCAAAAGCGCCAAUAUGCAGAUGAGAAACUGCGUAGACACUCAUUGUAUAGUUUUGAACUUCGAAGUAGGUAUA